UCGCCCUCCGCCACGAUGAGCAAAUGAGCGCGAGCGAGGGCAUGAAAUUUAAAUUCCACUCAGGGGAGAAAGUGCUGUGCUUCGAGCCUGACCCCACCAAGGCGCGAGUGCUGUACGAUGCCAAGAUUGUCGAUGUUAUUGUUGGGAAAGACGAAAAAGGCAGAAAGAUCCCAGAAUAUCUGAUCCAUUUUAAUGGUUGGAACAGAAGCUGGGAUAGAUGGGCAGCUGAAGAUCAUGUCCUUCGUGACACCGAUGAAAAUCGGAGAUUACAGCGUAAAUUGGCAAGAAAAGCUGUAGCUCGCCUGAGAAGCACAGGAAGAAAGAAGAAGCGCUGCAGGUUGCCCGGUGUUGACUCUGUCUUAAAAAGCCUCCCUGUUGAAGAAAAAGAUGAAAAUGAUGAAAACUCAAUAAGCAGUUCCUCUACUGACAGUAGUGAAGAAAAGGAUGAAGAAAUAAGUGAAGAAAGUGAUAUUGAAGAAAAGACAGAAGUGAAGGAAGAACCAGAGCUGCACACAAAAAGGGAAAUGGAAGAAAGAACAAUAACUAUAGAAAUCCCUGAAGUUCUGAAAAAGAAGCUUGAGGAUGAUUGUUACUAUAUCAACAGGAGGAAACGGUUAGUGAAACUUCCAUGCCAGACCAACAUCAUAACUAUUUUGGAAUCCUACGUGAAACAUUUUGCUAUCAAUGCAGCCUUUUCAGCCAAUGAGAGGCCUCGUCACCAUCAUGCUAUGCCACAUGCCAAUAUGAACGUGCAUUACAUCCCAGCAGAAAAGAACGUUGACCUUUGUAAGGAGAUGGUGGAUGGAGUAAGAAUAACAUUUGAUUACACGCUGCCAUUGCUUUUACUCUAUCCAUAUGAACAAGUUCAGUAUAAAAAGGUGACGUCAUCCAAGUUUUUCCUUCCGAUUAAGGAAAGUGCCACAAACACGAACAGGAACCAAGAGGAGCUCUCUCCGAGCCCGCCGUUGUUGAAUCCAUCCACACCGCAGUCCACGGAGAGUCAGCCCACCACGGGGGAGCCAGCUACCCCCAAAAGGCGCAAAGCUGAGCCGGAAGCCUUGCAGUCCCUGAGGCGGUCCACGCGCCACUCUGCCAACUGCGACAGGCUUUCCGAGAGCAGCGCCUCGCCUCAGCCCAAGCGGCGGCAGCAGGACACCCCCUCCAGCAUGCCGAAGCUGUUCCUGCACCUGGAGAAGAAGACACCUGUGCAUAGCAGAUCAUCCUCACCGGUUCCUCUGACCCCCAGCAAGGAAGGGAGUGCCGUGUUUGCUGGUUUUGAAGGCAGAAGAACUAAUGAAAUAAACGAGGUCCUCUCCUGGAAACUUGUACCUGACAGCUACCCGCCAGGUGACCAGCCCCCUCCACCGUCUUACAUUUACGGGGCACAACACUUGCUACGAUUGUUUGUGAAACUUCCAGAAAUCCUUGGAAAGAUGUCCUUUUCUGAGAAGAAUCUGAAGGCUUUACUGAAGCACUUUGAUCUCUUUCUUAGGUUUUUGGCAGAAUACCAUGAUGACUUCUUUCCAGAGUCUGCCUAUGUUGCUGCCUGUGAGGCACACUAUAGCACCAAGAACCCCAGGGCAAUUUACUAAAGUUUUGAUGGUUCUAGAAGAACAGCUUCUCUGUCUAGCUUUGUGCUCUAGGAUCCCAGUGAAGAUCUAGGGAGAAGGUGGACCUUCUUUACAGAGCUGGCAUGACACCCACCCCUAGGGGCUCUGGCAGAGGUGGGCCCAUUUGUUUGAGUUACUUACAUAGUAUAGUUAUUUCUGUUAAGGUUUACUUCCUAGGUGCCUGACCAGCCUCCAGCAUGAGACCCUUGCCACCGCUCAUGUCAUCUGUGACAGCAGAAAAAGAACAGCUGUGGUCACUGUGAAGCAUUAAUGAGAGUAUGUAUAAGUCAGGCUGUUUCAGUAGCUGUUGGAGUUAAUUCGUCAGCGAUGACCACAUGUUUUAGUUAUUUGUUAGCGUUAAGCAAAAUUGUUUUCCAAACUGUUUUCAUUCUUGUAAUGAGGCUCAAAAACUCUGUCCAACAAAUUUUAGUUUUGCUUGGAAAUCACAAAGUAGUACCAAAAUAUUUUAGAGGGAAUUGAUACCGAUGGCAAAAGAGAAUUUGCAGUCACACAUUUGCUUGUUACAGCUCCUUUUCUCCAAAAUCUUAUUUUUGGUAAUCUAAAUAAAGUGUUGCCUCUCUUGUUUGAGAUUUUACAGCUAUACUUUGUUGUGUAAUGUUAUGGUUCCCUUUCUGUAAAACCUUAUUUUUGGUGAUCUAAAUAAAGUGUUGCCCAUCUUGUUGCAAAGAACCAGU